GGAUGAUACAGUAGUCGGAAGCGUGAAAAAAACUAGGUGAGGUUUUGGUUUUGGCUGAGUGAGAAUUUUCUAGGCGAGAAAAUCUUUUGAGGAAAAUGGAGACUUCUCUGAGGUAUACCUGCAAUUCCAAGUCCAUGAAAAUUCAUGCCAAAGAGAAGGUUCCGGUGAACUCGAAAACCCAUUUACAGCUUCAUGGAGAGCUAGAUACUGGAACUGGGUCCCCGAGUUACUUUUGUGCGAUGAUUAGACACUUUUUUCCUGAGGCUUCAACAGGCCUUGGAGUAGGAUUGCAUUAUGAUAAGCGCCAAAAGCUUCGGUAUCUUGUACGCGGAAAAAAAGAGUUUCCUGUAAGAGCUGAUAAGCGUGUAACCUUUAAUAUUAAAGGGCGGUGUGAUUUUGAUCAAGACUUAAAUCAGAGGAACCCUAAAGGAGCUGCAGAAUUUGCCUGGAACAUUAUGGAUUUUAAGGAAGAUCAGGAUGUACGGAUCAAAGUUGGCUACGAAAUGUUUGAUAAGGUCCCUUAUAUGCAGAUCAGAGAAAACAAUUGGACUCUCAACGCGAACAUGAAGGGAAAAUGGAAUUUGCGGUAUGACCUGUAGCUGCAUUUUAUAUUCAUCAUCAUCAUCUGAGAAAUGUAUUGAUACCACUACUGAUGAACACAUUUUAAUUCUACCAAUUAAUCAAAUUCAGAGAUCUUCCAAAUCAUCUCCAUUA